AUGGCCUCGCCCGUCGGCUGUAAGCAUUAUGUUCGCAGUUGUCUAUUGAAAGCUCCAUGCUGUGGGAAACUGUAUGUGUGUCGACUCUGCCACGAUGCAGAAGAAAACCACCAGAUGGAUCGCUUCAAAGUCAGAGAGGUUCUGUGCUCCGAGUGUGAGACCCUGCAGAAGGCUCAGAAGAACUGUCAGCAGUGCCAUGUGCAGUUUGGGGAGUAUUACUGCGACAUCUGUCACCUGUUUGACAAGGAUAAGAAGCAGUACCACUGUCAGCCGUGUGGGAUAUGCAGGAUUGGGCCCAGAGAGAAGUACUUUCACUGUGAGAAGUGCAAUUUGUGUUUAGCUCAGGAUCUGCGAGGAAACCACAAGUGUGUCGAGAAUGUAUCUAGGCAGAACUGCCCAGUGUGUAUGGAGGAUAUACACACAUCCAGGAUUGGAGCUCAUGUUCUUCCUUGCGGCCAUCUUUUACACAAGACUUGCUUUGAUGACAUGAUCAGAACAGGAGCUUACCGCUGUCCUCUGUGCAUGCAUUCUGCUUGGAACAUGGAGGAACACUGGGAAUUGAUAGAUAAGGAGAUUGCCCAGACACCAAUGCCCACUGAAUAUCAAGGCGCUACUGUCAAAGUAAUUUGCAAUGACUGCCAGACCCACUGCACCGUGGCUUUUCAUGUGUUGGGGAUGAAGUGCGCUGAAUGUGGCUCCUACAACACAGCUCAAGACGGAGGACUCAUCCAGCAGCAGCAGGAGCCGCAGCAGCACACUGAUCAGUACACAGACAAUGAGCCAGAACCGCAGGAUCAGCCGGGAUCAGAGAUGCCACAUUAAAAGCUUUAAUGGAAGACUGACUUUUAAUUCGUGCACUCAUACGUGUCAAUGUAUAUUAAUAAAAUUACAGACUGUUCUAAAUGUAUUAAAAAGGUAAACCCAUCCAAUUCAUGUCCUUCAUCUUAACAUGUGAGACAGAGGCCUCAGUGACAGGACUCAGUUAAAUCCUAGGAAUAUCUUAUCAGUACCUGCAGACAGUUUAGAGUCAGACUUGAAUGCUUUCAGACAGUGACAUACUGUGGGUUAUAACUGACUCUGUUAACGCAUUUAAAAGUUUGUGCCACAAGCUCUGUUUAAUAGCUAAUCAUAAGUUUUUGUACAAUAUAUGGCAUGUCAAAUUUUCAAGAACACCUUGAGUUUGGUAAAAAAUAUAAAAUUGGAAGUGAUGUACAGUAAUGUCACUUCAUCACAGCUGUUUGUUGUAGAACAUGGCUGUCAGAUUGAUCUCUUUUCAGCAAUUGUGCUUUCAGUCCUAGUCUAGAGUUUGUAUUCCACAAGUUCAGAGCUUGAUGAAUUAACUCCUCCUGGGCUCUAAAGCCUCAUUCUGGCUGCAGAUUAGGCCUCCAUCCUUUUGAAAAUAUUUAGGCUUUCUGCUUCAUAUGUUUCAUACCUCCUCUUGCCUUUCAUUUUUCUUUUGAAGCUGGUUGUGUGGUAGGUGGUAGAGAAUUUUUAUUUACCUGUACAAGUAAUCAGCAAUCUGAUGUCAGAUCUGGAAGAAACUCGUGGAGCGGGAAACGAUAACUGCUUCUUUUGGCGUGCCUUGUAAAUUGUUCACCCUCCUUGCCAUUUUUCAUAUUUCAUAUUCAACCUCCUCGCAACCUUGAAUUGAAAUCCAUAGCUUUUCUGCCAUUUCAUUAAUAUAACAAGCGGUUGGUAGUAAUUUGUUAAAUUUAAUUGAAUAACAAUAUGAAAAAAUGCAUGUUUAGAAGUAGGUUUACUCUGUGGUACUUUUUACUUUAGUAAUAUUCUUGUAAAGUAUUGCUACUCCUACUUGAGUAAAACCUCUGACUACUCUGUUCUCAGUGAUUUGAACUAUUUCAGAAUCAGGUAAACAUACAGGAAACAGUAGAUAUUAACAGUAACACUCAACAUACAGUUCUCAUUGUAUGGAUUUCUAGGUUUUAUGUUGGGGAAAACAAUUGGUAAAGUAUUUCUUCUGCACUAAUUUGUUCUUUUAUAUUCAUGACAUUUAUUUGUAUUUUUCAGGCAUUUGAGUCUUUAAAAUACCAGAGCUUGCACAUAAAGUCUGCCAGCAUCAUUUAUAAACAUUAAAUAUCAUGUUUUUAUCCUACAA